CUGAAAUAAUUAAGAGCUAAAGAAGGAAAGAUGAGCUGCAGAUACACCUUCACCAUCGUGGCCGUGCUGGUGCUCUCUGGUCUUUUGACAGAUGCUCGAGCCAUUGGAAAUCUGAAAAUUGAUCUGCGCUGCCGUUGCAUCAAUACAUCAUCUGUCUUUAUCCACCCAAAGUACAUGAAGAAGUUCGAAAUCUUCCCUUCUGGGCCACAUUGCGAGAACACUGAAAUCAUUGCUACUCUUAUACUUGGAAGGAAAAUAUGUUUGAAUCCAGAGUCAAAGUGGGUGAAGAAAAUGCUAAAGAAGAUUGCACAAUGAAUUGGAUAAACAAAUAAAACCCAGCCCAUUCUCAACCUGAUAACCACAUGGUGCCUUUGCCUGCUGCGGUUUUACCAGGCUGAUCAACAUUCAAUUCAGAAACGCUCUUGAAAAAUUUCAAAGCUCUUGAAAAAGAACCAAGUAGUUCAUUUCUUGAUGUGACUGGUCAAGCACUGCAUGUGAUUUAUCUGCAUUCUGCGGUGUAAUUGUUGGGACUCAUGGUUCUCGUGUUUCACCAGCCUGCCAAACAACCUGAAUCCCACCUGUCUCCAACUACCCUCCCCCUGGACACUUGAAUAUUUGUAUUUUGUGGGCUUGGUAGUGUGGAGGGAACUGGUGAGCGGGGUUAUAGGAUAGAUACUGCAGCUCUUACAUAACUGUGG